AUGGCUUCAGUAACCGCGACCGCCUUCAUUGUUCACGAGAAGGGCGGACCUUUCACGGAGACCGCAGUACGGCUAUCUCAACUGCGGGACGAUGAGGUACUCGUGGAUCUACGUGCCACCAGUAUCUGCCAUACAGAUCUUGCAGUCCAACAUGGCAAGAUCCCUAUGCAAUUUCCAGUAGUCCUCGGCCACGAAGGUGCCGGCGUUGUACGGGAGGUCGGCACUGCAGUCAGCUCAUACAAGCCAGGAGAUCACGUCGUGUUGUCGUACGCUUCCUGCGCACAAUGCCGAGCGUGCCUCGCGAAAAAGCCUUAUCAAUGCGAAACAGCCACUUUACAACAAUUUGGUGGCAAGAGACUGGACGGAAGCUCAGCUAUCACACACGUCCAGGACGAAAACGGCUCUUGGGUACCCACAGACGCAUUCAGCACCUGUUUCUUCGGGCAGUCGUCGUUCUGCAAUCCGGCCAUAGUUCGUGAGGUCUCGUGUGUAAAAGUGCCAGAGACACUUCCGCUGGAAGUUAUCUGUACAUUAGGUUGUGGUUUUCAAACAGGUGCUGGGGCCGUCUUCAAUGUGGUCAGGCCAGCCGAGCGGAACAUUCAGCAUGUCGCCAUCUUUGGGGUCGGCGCUGUGGGCUGUGCGGCGGUAAUGGCUGCUAGUCAUCUGCGGAACACUACGGGGAGUCAGUACCACAUAAUCGCCAUCGAUAUCAACGACGAGAGGUUGGCUAUAGCGAAGGAGCUGGGGGCUACGUUCACUAUCAACAGUCGCAGUAAUAAUUUGCUACACGAGCUCAAGGCCAUAACAAGCAACGGAGUGGACGCAGCUAUCGACUGCACAGGUGUCUCGGAAGUUGUUGCCGAUAUGUUCUCUAUCCUCAGUGUGGGCGGUGUUGCUGUGCAAGUGGGUGGGCCACCGCCGGGCACGAAAUUCGCGCUGGAUGUGUUCGACUUGUUAAUAAAGUGCCAGUCGUACGUGGGCUGUCAUCAGGGCAAUUCAUAUUCCAAGGAGUUCAUACCACAGAUGGCCAAGCUGUAUUCGGAAGGCACCUUUCCAAUCGAGAAGCUGCAGAAGCAGUACCCAGUGCGCGAUAUCGGGAGGGCUUGUGCGGAAAUGGCUUCUGGGAAGGUCAUUAAGCCUGUCCUGCUCUGGUAG